ACACCACGUGACAAAAUUGAAAGGUAAGAAAAAGCCGACCAAGUACAUUCCCUCCAUUCUUUUACUCUUUUCCCUCUAUACAAAUUCGGAUUUCUCAAGCUCCGCCAAAAAACACAAACAGCUCACUUUGUGAACUGCCUAUCUCAACCUCUCACCGCCGGUCGAAUCGAAUCAAACGAUGUCGUUCUCCGAUUUCCGGACACUGAACGUGGACUCCCUGGUAGAGUACAUAAAAACCGUCCCUUCUCUCUCUUCAAAGCUCGGUAACAAGCUCGACGGUUUGACCGUCAAAGAAGUCGGAGAUGGCAACCUUAAUUUCGUCUACAUCGUCAUCGGUUCCGCCGGUUCCCUCGUCAUCAAGCAGGCUGUACCGUACGUACGGUUGAUAGGGGAAUCAUGGCCGAUGACGAAGGAACGAGCAUACUAUGAAGCGUCGUCGUUGAAAGAGCACCGACGGUGGUGCCCUGAUCAUGUCCCCGAAGUUUAUCAUUUCGACCGUACGAUGUGUUUGAUCGGCAUGCGGUACUUGGAGCCUCCCCAUAUAAUCCUCAGGAAAGGCUUGGUUGCCGGAAUUGAGUAUCCACUGCUGGCCGAUCACAUGUCGGAAUUCAUGGCCAACACUCUUUUCCACACUUCUCUCCUUUUUCAUUCCACCACCGACCAUAAACGUGCUGUUGCUGAAUACUGUGGGAACGAGGGGAUAUGCAGGCUGACUGAGCAGGUUGUGUUCUCCGAUCCAUACAAAGUGUCUGAACAUAACCGUUGGACUUCCCCUUAUCUUGAUGCCGAGGCUGAGGCUAUUCGAGAGGAUAACGCUUUGAAGAUUGAAGUUGCUGAGUUGAAAUCCAAGUUCUGUGAGAGAGCCCAAGCUCUAAUUCAUGGAGAUCUUCACACUAGCUCUGUAAUGGUUACUAGUGACUCGACCCAAGUGAUAGAUUCUGAAUUUGCUUUUGUUGGACCAAUGGGUUAUGAUGUUGGGGCUUUUCUGGGAAACCUCAUUUUGGCUUAUUUUGCACAAGAUGGACAUGCUAAUGCUACCAACGAUCGCAAAAAAUACAAGGAGUGGAUAUUGAGGACAAUUGAAGAGAGUUGGAACCUUUUCCACAAGAAAUUCAUAGCCUUAUGGGAUAAACACAAGGAUGGUUCUGGUGAAGCAUACCUUUCUGCAAUUUAUAACAACCCUGAGCUUCAAAAUCUUAUACAAAACAAAUAUAUGGAAGAUCUUCUCCAUGACACACUUGGAUUCGGUUCUGCGAAAAUGAUAAGGAGAAUUGUUGGUGUUGCACAUGUUGAGGAUUUCGAAUCAAUUGCUGACCCCGGCAAGCGAGCUAACUGCGAAAGGCGAGCUCUCCAUUUGGCAAAGCUGCUUCUUAAGGAAAGGCGAAAAUUCAAGACCAUUGAUCAAGUCGUUUCAGUCAUUCGAUCCGCAGAUCCUUCCAUCCAGUAAUGUUGGCUUGUUAAUGAGCAAUAAUAUAGAUGGAGAUUGAGCUUGUAUAACUUCUUGGAAGAACUUCAGAACUUGAUUUGGAGUUAAAGCAAUAAAUCAAGUAGUUUGUCACUGAAUUAAUAACAGGGCCGAUCUCUGGGGUAAAAGAAAAUUGAUGAAUAAUCCCCCAAACAGAAAGGGAAUUUAGACUUAGUAAAAUCUCACACGAUUCGAUAAUACGAUACGAACUUAUAUGAUAAUUUAUGGGUUUGGGUUGAUGA